AUGGAGUACGAUACCAAAACCCCUCAAUGGCAAACCUCAGACAAGCUAUCCUUCGCGUAUCCCUCUGCUCGCGACCGAUGGCCUGUGAUACUCGUACGCAUGCUCACUAAAUGGCAUAUGAAGACAAUACAGCUGACCGAGAUUAAGACCCAAGGCAUCGACGACGUCCAUCGCGCUGUCAGUGACGCCACCGAUCCCGUAGCACAGAAAGAAGGCAAGGCAAUUAUCGAGCAAUUGGCGAAGCUCAAGUAUGAGCUCCAGCACAAUAGGAAUCUAACCCCUCUUGAGGAAGACGGAUAUCCUGACAUCGCAGAAUAUAACAAAGAGCUCGAGCAGCGCGGGAGUCCACAAUGGUUCGACGUGACUUGGCUGUAUUCCGAAUGCUACAUACGUAUGAGCAACUUCUUCAAACUUUCUACAAAGUGGAAGAACUACGACCUCUUCGCCAAGCAGAAAAUGUCUGGCUUCCAUUCCUCUCGACGCGCCGUCAUCGAAUUGGCUACACGCUACAAGGACAUUGUAACGCAGCUAGAGACCAAGCACACUUUGCAAGGUGCCAAAUCGCCCGAAGAGCUGGAACAAGCCGAAAAGGUACUGUUCUCGGAGAUGUGCGAGAUCUGCCUAUGGGGAAAUGCCACAGAUCUUUCUUUGAUGACCAACUUGUCAUCAGUGGAUUUCUCUAAGAUUCAAGGAGCAGCAGCAAGGAAAGCGUCGGAGAAGAAUGUACUUGCGAAUGAUCUUGGUGCUGCAUUUGAAGCAUUAAACAAUGCGAAGAAAGCAAACAUCCCCGACAGACGCGUGGACUUUGUUCUUGAUAACGCAGGUUUUGAGCUCUUUGUCGAUCUCAUACUUGCUAGCUACCUUCUCGCCGCAGGUCUAGCUACCUCAGUCGUCCUCCACCCCAAGAACAUCCCAUGGUUCGUAUCAGAUGUAACACCCAAGGACUUUGGAGACCUGCUCAGUGUCCUCGCCGAUCCACAAGCCUUCUAUUCCUCGGAAUCAGAGGACGAUAAGCGCAACGGCACAAAGCCCGACCCUCUAUCCGACAAAGAGAUUGAGGAGAUCCAAUUCCUGUUCCAACACUGGGGACGUCUCCACGGCGAAGGCGGGCUCGUCAUCCGUCCAAAUCUGUUCUGGACCGGUCCAGGCAGCUUCUGGCGCCUGCCUAAGGUCGAACCAGAGCUCUACAAUGACCUCAAGGCAAGCCAGCUGGUUAUUUUUAAGGGUGACCUCAACUAUCGUAAACUGACAGCCGACGCCAUGUGGGAUCCCGCCACACCUUUCUCCGAAGCCAUCGGUCCUCUGGGCCCAGGCUCGGGCCUCCGUGUGAUGACACUGCGCACUUGUAAGGGCGACGUCAUCUGUGGUCUGCCAAAAGGCAAGGACGAGGAGCUACGUGCCACUGAUAACGAUACCAGUGGUGCGAGAAAAUGGGCGUGGACUGGUAAGUAUGCCGUAAUCCAAUUCAAUAAUGGUAAAGCUUAA